AAUUAUUUAAUUAAAGACUUUUAAAGUCGUCGCUCCUUAGUCCUUAGACAUAUACAAGUAUGUGUAUAUAUAUAUCCUUCAUUAUCGAUGAAAGCUAGCUUAGUAGUUUAUUUUCUCACACCAAAAGAUGGAUAUUCUAGUACAAAAUGGCGAUCAAAAAAAAAGAAAAAUAACAUUCCUUCGUAUCAUAGAGAAAAAAUUGUUGAUGAUGAUGAACACAAACCACUUAUUCAUAAAAUUUGGGUCAUUCUUAGCAUCCAUAAUGUUUGUUAAGGCUAUGUACGAGCAAUAUCUUCCGUAUCGAUGGCGAAACUCGAUAUCAUCCAUCCUCUAUCGUUACAUAUAUCAGUUUUUGAGUUCUUUCUCUCCAUAUCAUCAUAUAACCUUUGAAGAGUUUACGGGUGAACGAUUUAAUCGAAGCGAGGCGUUCACUAUCAUUGAGACAUACCUUAGUGAGAAGACUUCAGAAAAAGCGAGGAGAUUAAAGGGUAAUUUUGUUAAGGAUGGUAAGGAUUUAGUCCUUGGAUUAGCUGAUAAUGAAGAGGUAAUUGAUGAAUAUGAAGGAGUUAAGGUAUGGUGGAAAUGUCGUAGAAGUGUUUCCAGAAGUCAAAGCAUCAAUAUCUACCCUGGAUCGAAUGAUAAAAGGAAUUUUAAGCUCACUUUUCAUAGCCGUUAUAGAGAUCUUAUCACCAAAUCUUACAUGACUUACAUAUUAGAAGAAGGCAAAGCAAUAACAACCCGAAAACGUCAAAGGAAGUUGUUUACCAACGUUAAGGAACAAAAAGGAGCAACUAGUGGUAGAUGGACCUUAUGGAGCCAUGUCGAGUUCAAGCACCCGGCCACUUUCGACACGUUAGGCAUGGCCGAGGCUAAGAAGAAUUACAUCAUGAAUGACCUUGUUCGAUUUAGUAACUCAAAGGAUUACUACGACAAGAUCGGGAAGCCGUGGAAGCGUGGUUAUCUCUUGUAUGGACCUCCUGGCACGGGUAAAUCAACCAUGAUUGUUGCAAUAGCUAACUUGUUGGAGUAUGACAUUUAUGACCUUGAGCUAACUAUGGUCGCGGACAAUACUCAACUAAGGAGGCUACUCAUUGAGACAUCGAAUAAGUCGAUUAUUGUGAUCGAAGAUAUUGAUUGUUCACUUGAUUUAACGGGGCAAAGAUCGUCAAUGAAGGAGGAAAAAAAGGUUAAAACAAGCGAGGAUGAGAAGGAUAAGGUUAAGAAAGUGUUGAAGGAUCGAGAACAAGUUGAGAGCAAAAAGAGUCAAGUUACUCUUUCGGGGUUGUUGAAUAUGAUUGAUGGGAUUUGGUCUGCUGUUGGAGAAGAGAGGUUAAUUAUAUUUACUACUAAUUAUAUUGAGAAGCUUGAUCAAGCACUUAUUCGAAGGGGGAGAAUGGAUGUUCAUAUUGAGCUUUUGUAUUGUUGUUUUGAGUCGUUUAAGGUGCUUGCGAAUAAUUAUCUAGAUGUUAAGUCGCAUCCUUUGUUUGAGACUAUAAAGGGAUUGUUAGAGGAGACUAAGAUGAAUCCUGCUGAUGUAGCUGAGAAUUUGAUGCCGAAGUCUCUUGAGUUAGAUGUUGAUGAUUGUUUAGAGAAUUUGGUGAAAGCUCUUGAAAAGGUGAAAUUGGAUUAUCAAUUGAAGGAAGAAAGGAAGAAGAAGGAGGAAAAGAGGGAAAAGGAGAAGAUGGAGAAGGAGAAAGAAAAGGAAAAGGAAAAGGAAGAAUUGAAGGAGGAACAAGAAGUGCAUGCUAAUGGAGAGGAUCUUAAGAAUGAAGAUGAAACUUUGGAUAAUUAAACCAUGAUAUUCUUGAAAAGAAAAUUUAAUCAAGUGUAUUGCCACUUUGUAAAGUGGCAUUGUUCUUGAAAAAUCACCUUUGUUUAUGUUUUGUUUUGUUAGAUUAUACUCCAAAUAUUUUAAUUUCUUUUGUUUUUCUUAUUACCAAUUUGUUACUUUUCUUUUUUUGGUGGGUGAAAUAGGAGUGACAUAAUUGGUAGUGAAUGUGAGAGUAAAGUUAUACUCCCUCAAAUUAUAUUAUAGAAUACUCUUAAAGGAAAAAUCCAAAAAGAAAAAUUAAAAGGCAAAUAAAACAAGUUGAAGUAAUUUUAAUUUCUAUGUAUAAUUUGUUAUAAACAACAAAUAAAAAGUAUUUAUGCAAUUCCAUUUACAUAAGAAAAUGUAUUGCCAUUGGUAUUGUUGUGAAUUAUGUAUUGGAUUAGAAUAAUCUAAGCUAUUGUCUACUAUAGACUUUAAUUUUGUCACUCUAUUCGUCCCCAAAUAUAAUGCUCAUUCUUCUUCAAUUCCCUUAUCUUGCACCAGUUUUAAGGCCCAGAAGAGGCUGGGUGUACACUUAAAAAAAAAAAAAAAAAAAAAAAAAAAAAAAAAAAAAAAAAAAAAAAAAUCAACUAGACAUUAAGCCAUUUAGUUAAUUGUAUAUAUAUAUGCAAUACAUAAAUAUAGGAAUAAAGGCUAGAUUACAUUGGUCCAAAUAGGAGCUAAUUCAAGUUUAUCACUAUGAGAAACUAUUUCUUGUUUAUCAAAUGACAAUUUUGUAAAUAAAUUGCAUAGAUAUUGGUGCUUUAUGAUAAACAAUUAUUUAUUUGUACUUUGUACAGCUGGCCACAAAACUCACCGUGAGAUGGUUUUCAAUAGAGCAAAGAGAAAUGUAACCAUUUUCAAAUUGAGUACCCGUUUAAUUUUUUAU